AUGGCCGCGCUGCCCGGUGGGAACAUGGCGGGGGGCGGCCGGGGGGCGCGGGUGCUGCUCUUGCUGCUGCUCGGCGGCUGCCUGGGCCGGCGGCCCCCGGCCGCCACCGCUGCCGCUCCGCCCGCCGCCGUCGUGCCCCCGCCGGCGGCGGAGGAGACGGUGAUCAUCGGCCUGCGGCUGGAGGACACGGACGACGUCUCCUUCAUGGAGGGGGGCGCGCUGCGGGUGAGCGAACGGACGCGGGUGAAGCUGCGGGUCUACGGGCAGAACAUCAACAACGAGACGUGGUCGCGCAUCGCCUUCACGGAGCACGAGCGGCGGCGGGGCGGGCGGGCGGCGGCGGGGCCGGCGGGGCGCGGCGGCGGCGGGAGCGGCGGCGGGUCGGCGGGCAGCGGCGGGGCCCCGCAGCGCUGCGGCAUCCGCACCUCGGACAUCAUCAUCCUGCCGCACAUCGUGCUCAACCGCCGCACCUCGGGCAUCAUCGAGAUCGAGAUUAAGCCCCUGCGCAAAACGGAGAAGAGCAAGUCCUACUACCUGUGCACCUCCGUUUCGGCCCCCGCCGCCGCCGCCCUGGGGCCCGGGGCUCCCGGAGGGCUGGCGGGCGCCGAGGGGCCGGCGGGACCCCCGCCCUGGGGUGAGACCACUUGGAUCUACCAUGACGGCGAGGACACCAAGAUGAUUGUGGGCGAGGAGAAGAAGUUCCUGCUGCCCUUCUGGCUGCAGGUCAUCUUCAUCUCGCUCCUCCUAUGCCUCUCGGGCAUGUUCAGUGGCCUCAACCUGGGCCUGAUGGCCCUGGACCCCAUGGAACUGCGCAUCGUGCAGAACUGUGGCACAGACAAAGAGAAGAACUACGCCAAGCGCAUCGAGCCUGUGCGGCGUCAGGGCAACUACCUGCUGUGCUCCCUCCUGCUGGGCAAUGUCCUGGUCAACACCACGCUUACCAUCCUGCUGGAUGACAUUGCCGGCUCUGGGCUGGUGGCCGUGGUGGUCUCCACCAUCGGUAUCGUCAUCUUCGGCGAGAUCGUGCCGCAGGCUAUUUGCUCUCGGCACGGCCUGGCCGUGGGCGCCAACACCAUCUUCCUCACCAAGUUUUUCAUGAUGAUGACCUUCCCGGCCUCCUACCCCGUCAGCAAAUUGCUGGACUGUGUCCUGGGCCAGGAGAUCGGCACGGUCUAUAACCGUGAGAAGUUGUUGGAGAUGCUGCGGGUCACCGACCCUUAUAACGAUCUAGUCAAGGAGGAGCUCAAUAUUAUCCAAGGAGCCCUGGAACUGCGCACCAAGACUGUGGAGGAUGUGAUGACUCCCCUCCGAGACUGCUUUAUGAUCGCUGCUGAGGCUGUGCUCGACUUCAACACUAUGUCCGAGAUCAUGGAGAGCGGUUACACCCGCAUCCCUGUGUUUGAGGGCGACCGCUCCAACAUCGUGGACUUGCUCUUCGUUAAGGACCUGGCUUUUGUGGACCCCGAUGACUGCACACCACUCAAGACCAUCACCCGCUUCUACAACCACCCGCUGCAUUUUGUCUUCAACGACACCAAGCUCGAUGCCAUGCUGGAGGAGUUCAAGAAAGGCAAGUCUCACCUGGCUAUAGUGCAAAGAGUAAACAAUGAAGGAGAAGGCGAUCCCUUUUAUGAAGUCCUGGGAAUUGUCACUUUAGAAGAUGUGAUUGAAGAGAUCAUCAAGUCUGAAAUUCUGGAUGAAACAGAUCUAUACACUGAUAACAAGACGAAAAAGAAAGUAGCUCAUCGGGACAGGAAGCAGGACUUCUCUGCCUUCAAGCAGACAGACAGCGAGAUGAAGGUUAAAAUAUCACCGCAGCUCCUCCUGGCAAUGCACCGGUUCCUGGCAACAGAAGUAGAAGCAUUUGGUCCAUCCCAGAUGUCAGAGAAGAUCCUUCUCAGGCUGCUAAAACAUCCCAACGUCAUCCAGGAGCUGAAAUAUGAUGAGAAGAACAAGAAAGCCCCAGAACACUACCUCUACCAGCGAAACAAGCCCGUCGACUACUUUGUUCUCAUUUUACAGGGGAAAGUGGAAGUGGAGGCUGGGAAAGAGGGGAUGAAGUUUGAAGCUGGUGCUUUUUCCUACUAUGGGGUGAUGGCCCUCACAGCAUCACCAGUUCCCUUGUCCCUGUCUCGUACCUUUGUUGUCAGCAGAACAGAGUUGUUAGCAGCAGGUUCUCCAGCUGAAAACAAGUCUCCACCUCGGCCCUGUGGCUUGAAUCACUCAGACUCUUUAAACCGGAGCGAUCGCAUCGACGCAGUGACCCCGACGUUAGGGAGCAGCAACAACCAGCUGAAUGCAUCCUUCCUCCAAGUGUAUGUUCCAGACUACUCAGUGAAAGCCCUCACAGACAUUCAGUUUGUCAAGAUCUCAAGACAGCAGUACCAAAAUGCCCUGAUGGCAUCCCGGAUGGACAAAACACCUCAGUCCUCGGACAGUGAAAACACUAAAAUCGAACUGACUCUUACGGAGCUGCACGAUGGUUUGCCAGACGAGACAGCAAACCUGCUGAACGAACAGAACUGUGUGACUCACAACAAGCCCAACCACAGUAUGCACAGUGAAGGAGCCAUCUAGGAGCUGACUCCCCACAACCCACCCAUCCCAUCUCCUCAGCAGGACCAGCCCUCGCUCCUUCCUGCCUCCUCCCCGAGUGUGAACACCGUUAGUGCGUGCUUGCAACACUGCUGCAUCCAGUGUUCUGAGACCAAAGACUUUUGCGUCCGUUCUGGGAGCAGAAGAGGAAGUAACAGGAAGAAAGGAGCAAAGAGCAAGAGAGACUAAAGACCCAAACAUAAUUUGGGAAUGGUGAGCCACCCUUGAGAACGAUGAAAAUUCUUCUUGCAAAGUAGAAUUAUGUUUAUUUUUUAUCUGUACUUUUGAUCCUUGUUGGGUUUUUCCUCCUCAAACACAUAUGGGGAAGUUUAAGAGCUCCUCCAUUAUUUUUUCAAGAGAGAUCAUGUUUUUAAAAAGUAUUUUGCAGAGUUUUAAAUUGUUUCUGUCUCUCAUGAACCUCAAAUGAGCUCUGUCAUGGUUUUGUGAAUUGGCUCCAAUGUCCUUAGGCCUCUUCUCACUCCCUUGUGGUCCUUUUUGUUGCCCUGUUGAAAAAGUUAGUAACUGGUACUUGUAUGUUAUUUGUGUCCUAAGAAUGAGCAAGCUUCAAGGAACCUCUGGUUUCAGCCACCUGGAGGACCAAGACAUGAGGAUUAUUACAUUCUUGCAGUUAAUUUUCAGGGAAGGAGUGGGUACUUUGGUAUUUAAUAAUGUUUCAAAUUUCAGAAGGUUUCUUUGUUAAACAGGCAAAAGCAUUAUUACACUUACAGUUUUGUAACCUCCAAAACCUUUGUGUAUGUUGAAGAUGAUACUGGGGGGAAGGAAUUAAUUAGCAAAACUGCAGUCUGGUGAAAAGAAAGCCGGGUGUGAAGUAACUGGGUGAUUUUUCAUUGAUGUUCCUGACAAUUGCAGGGUGAAGUAAUGUGUGCACCCUGAGAUGCCAAGUCUUUAAACACUCCCGUGCUGUAGCGGUCUGUGCACCAUUACCUUGGCCAGAGAAGAUGGUCCAGCCUUCGAUGAGUAUCAGAACAUCAGUCCCUGUCCCCCUUGUAAUCUCUAAUAUUAACACAGAAGAUGCUGCUACAGUUACACCCAAAGUACAUGCUCCAGGUGACAGUAGACCUCUGCCAGUGCAAGGAUGGGCACUGCUGAGGAGCCAGAACCAUCCUCUCCUCUCCAAGAGCUGACAAAACUUUCCAGACGCGAGUGUAUUGCACUUCAGGGAUUCAGAGAGGUUCAUUUCCAGGCUGUUCCCAGCCAUAUUCAUUCCUUUGAGUGGAUUUAGUGAAUUUCCUUCUCUCUUGCCCCUUUUAACAGCCAUUGUAGGGAUUACCAAGGUAGCAGAGCAGAGAGCCUCCCAGCCAGCUGCCACCUGUGCAGGGCAACACCUGCCUUGAGCAGCAGAAACCAAUUCCUCCACCCCAAAAACCAGGAUGCAGACUGGGUGCCAGCAAGAGGCACACUAUGGCAGUUGUACAUCAUCCAUUUCUAUAGAUGGAGUCCAAGUCCUCAAAUGAAUGAAAAAAGAAAGUUGUCCCCCUCAAACCUCUCCCUUCCAAUGCUCUCUCAAACAAAAUGUGAACAUUGUCCAGAUCCUCAGUAUCUGGAUUGAUAAAUCAGGCUUUGAGGUUUCUCUGUUUCAAGAUCCUGCUAUGUAGCAUUUCCCUUUCUUUACACAUGGAUAAUCUCUUUGGGGAUGCCCAAAGAAGCCCCCAGCCCCAAAUGCAGCUGCCAGAGCUCUCUGUGCCUGCAGGCCUGCCCUGUCUCUCCUGCUCACGGGCUGUGAAAGGCACUCGCUGCAGGUUCCCACGGUCUGUCUGUGUGCCUGGUGGCUGGAAAGGUGCAAUAUUCCAUUGCAGGAUCUCCCUGUGGGAAUUGGAGUGUGUGGUGUCAGAACCAAUUGGGUUUGCCUGUCUCGCUCCUCUCCUCUUUUCCAGCUUCGGAAAGCAGACCUAAUUUUUGCUCUCCACCUUGGUGGGAGCCACCCAUCAGGAUGAAGUCCCUUUAAGAGACAUAGAAAUUGCACUGUAUCCAAUUUGUGCACCCAGUGAGGAGGAAACAGGCCCUCCAAAGCCUUGCUCUCACAUGUAGCUUUUUGACUUUUUUCCCUUCUUAAAGUGUUUCCUUAGUCUCCAUCCCACCCUUGCUCUGAUGUGCACCAGCCCGGCACCGCUGAGAGCACACAGCUUGGCAGCAGCAUGGACUGGCCUAAGCCUUGAGCCUUCCCAGAGAGCUGCCAAUAUUGCACCUUUCUCACAGAGCAAAAUGUCCAGAUGUUACAGCGUUUGCAGUUUUUAUCUAGUGUUGCUGAAUGUAAAAGUUUGUUUGACAUGGUGGUGAACUUGAGAUGCAGUAUCCGUUUUGUCAAACCUGCCAAAGGAGGGAAGGCUCAAGUCAAGGCAGCUCUCUCCAGGAUGGGGUUGCUUGCUGGAUCUGACUUCUGCUUCUUAUGGCAGGUUAAGGAUUUGUUUCAAUGUCUAUUUCCCUUUUUAAAAAAAAAAGAAAAAUGCAAAAAAAAAGCGCCAAUUUUUCCAACCAAAGCCAUGUGAUCCCAAAGCAAAUACCUCCUGCUUCUGCCCAUGCUGCACUGUUCCAAAAUUUGCAGGCAAUUUUUGCAUGACUGUUUUUCAUCAUUUGUACAGAUCAAAUAAUGGAAAGUGAAGUAAUUUAACUUAAUUUCCAUAAAAAUAGUUGAUUAUAGAUGUGUUUCAUAUGGAAAAUACAUACCUGACCCAGAGGGGUUAGGAGCUGCUACUAUUAAUUAGCUUGAAGAACAAAGCAUGGUCCUCUCCCUGGAGGGGAAAAAAUCCAGUCUCCCUGUUCUCAGGGUAUUUACAGUUUUACUGUUUAACAAAUGCGAGGGGUUCCCAGCUCUCCUGGUGGGAACCAUCACAGCAGAAGAGCCCCGUGCCCAGCUCAGGAUCCCUCUGAGCCUCGGGACAGCGUUUGUUGAUGCCAGGGCUUGGCUCUCCUGACUGCAGUGGAGAUGCCACGGUGCCCGAUCCGUGCCCUUGCAGGGGUGUCCUGCCCGAGCAGAUCUGCUCCCUCUGCCUUGCAGGGCACUUGGGUGCCGUGCUGCAGGGCCACCACAGCACAGGGCACCAGCUGGUGGCUUUGGGAAUCGUUGGACUUGACCUCAGACCUUGGCCAGGCUUUGACUUGUAGAAAGGAUACUGCAUCUUCUUAUGUCAACUCCUGCUGCCGCCUUUGUUCCCCUCGCCCGUCUGCCUCUGGGUGCAGGCAGCAGGGUGGAUGAUGGCCUGUUAGCCGGGGGAGGCUGGGAGGGCAUCUAGCCAUGGUUUCUACUGUCAAUACAAUUUUGCACAAGAGUUCUUUGAAGUGAGGUUUUCAACACUAAUAUCUUAAAUGCACAACUGUGAAUUAUAUAUUUUACACUCCUGUUGGUUGAAUUUCCUUUAAAUGAAAUGAACCUGAAUCUGUUGUAACUAUGAUUUAUUUUUUUAAAUUCUGUGUAUUGCCAAAUCUUUGUAAAGAGUGAAGGAAUGUUCUUGCUUUCCAGUGAGAAUCUUUCUCCAAAUGAGACUGACUCUGGUGAUGCGGAGAUCAUAUGAAGCACAUUAGUUCUGAGAGGAGAGGGGCUCAGUGGGGGGCUUAGCAAACCAGCCUCAGCCACUCUGUGCCACAAACUCAGACCCUUUGGAGUUUACAAAGUGCUUGUUGUUUUAUUCCCAGCUUGUGUACUCCCAGAAAUCCUGGUGCAGCUGGAUACUGCUGCCCUGGAGGAGCUCUGGUUGGGUUAUCCCACAGUGGGAUGAGGAAUGCUGACAGGGUGUCUGGACUGGCUGGUGGACGGGACCCCAAGGUUGGUGUGGCAGGAAAAGGUGCUUCCCUCAUCCAGAUGCACCAGGAGAGGAAGCUCCACAGGGCAGAUCCUUCUGAUCACCAUUCUGCUCCAAACCUGUGUCAUGUAUAGUUCCUUCUCACAUUCUUUUUGCCCCUGUAAGCUCCUGCUCCAGCCUGAGCAGGAAUAGGAUGAUGCUGAGACCUGUGUGGGGGCAGCUGGAGCUGACUGCUGAAGGUGUGCAGUUCUUGGGCCUGUUGGAAGAAGGGUUAGGCACUCAUUCACAUUGUGCUCGCUUUUCUGUGACUCCUCUCUUCUCCUGGACUCACUUCCCUUUUCCUCACCACUGGGGGCUUUUUUGUUUGUUUUUCUUCUUUUCUUUAAGUGCCUUUUUGUGUGGGUGGAGCUGGCAAGAGUAGGAGUCUCAGGAUAUGGCACUCAGACCUGGAGAAAGCUCAGGGCCAGCAGGGCGAGUUGCCCCCAUGGCCCACACACAUCGCCUGUUGCUGCUUCUCAGCCUUCAGGGCCCAGCUUGGAUGAGGCUGAGAUUUGGCACUGGUGGUGUCAGGCUCUGCUUCAGAUCAGCCCAAAGAAAACCAAAGAGGUAGCUUUGUGUGAGGGGCUGCUUGGGCUGUGGUGGUGCUUCCUGUGAUUUCUGCAGCGCUCAGCCAAGGGGUGUGGGGGUGCUGAUAGCAAAGAACAGCCCUUUCCUCCUCACAAGCAUUCUGCAUAAGCAUCCUACAUGGGGGAGAGUGCAGCUGCAUUCUCCAGGACCCCUUGAACUUGCAUCUUCUUGUGCAGAAUUCUGUUCUCUAUAGAAAUCAUUCUCACAUGAAAGAUGUACCAUAUUUUAUACAAUAUCUAAUACAUGCAUCUGUGGUUUUAAUCUAGUACCUGUGUACCAAUUGUCAAGUUACCCAGUGUCUGGAUUACCAAUAGAAAACUGGGGCUGUGGGUGGGAAAGGAUGCUGCAGGGUACCUCUUGUGAUGCUGGCUUGAGGCUUCAUCCCAAAGGUUGCAUUGAAGGGUCCGUGUGUCCACACUGUGCCCUGUCCCAAGGCAAGAACCCUGGCUGUGGUGUGGUACAGCCCUAGAUGUGCUGCCUGUCCCAGCACCUGGCUCUACACUGGGGCUCUGCAUAGACCCAAAGAAGUUCCAGUUCCCUGGGUACUGAGGGUUGGUUUGGCCCAGUGUUGAAAAGAUGAGCUUAACCAACACAAUCAGGGAUCUUCCCAUGGCACUGAUGGGAGAGCAGCCUUCAUCUGACUUAGCCAGCAGGGACAGGCUCUGCACCACAGGCUGAGCUGGGCAGCCACCCUCAUCCCUGCGCUGCUGCUACGCUUGGUCCAUCAGCUGCAGGUCUCUUGUUGGUGUGAUGUCUGUGGUGAUUCUGGCCUCACUCCCAUGUGUGAGCAGCACAGAGGACCUGGACAUUCAUGGCUUCCUGCAGAGCCCCCUCAACAAUCCUGUUUGGUGUCUUCCUCUUGUCCUGGAGCCUGGCUUCAUGCUGGGUUGUGUUCCUCUGGGGUCAGUCUCAGGGCUGCAUCCAGAUGAGGAGAUCCUGUUGCUGUGGGUCCAAGGCAGUAGAGCUGAGCUUUUCCAUCUAGUGUGUGUUUUUUUCCUGAGCUUCAGGGUUGGGAAGGGGUUGCUGAAAAGCUGGCUCCAGCCAGUGGCAUGAUACAGGUGGCACAUGGAGUUGUUUCAUAGAUUGGUAGCACUGAAUUCAGUCAAAGUGACCUUCUCUUCUUGUUAUCCCGAGGUCAGACUCUGUAGCAGUUCUUCACAUUGGAAAUACGGUACUCAAAGCUGCUGGUCUGUCUCCAGCUGAAAAAACAUUGUUCUCCUCUCAGGUUUUGCCUUUGGGCUCUUUUCCUCUGGGCAGGGCUGAUCACUAGAAUCCUGCAGUGGAUGGUGCCCUGGCUGCUCUUGGUCCUUCAGUGCAGAUUUCUGACUAAGGAAGUGCUUGGUGUUUGAUUCUCCUCCAGAAGCAGAGGUUUGAGUGGACUUGGCAGAAGUGGCCUGUCAUGGAACUGGGCUAGAGGUUUGUCAGCUGUUGUGAGCCUGAAACAUGCAAAGGCUGCAGGUGGCUCCAGCGUUCCAGGGGUGGAUUUGAUUUCUUUGUUGUCUUCUCCUCCAGAAAGCAGCGUGGCAGUUGGGUGGUAGCAGGAUUUGUUGGGGAGGAAGGGCUUGUCCCAGCAUUCAGUGCUUGGUGUAACAGUCUAGCAUCCCUUCUCAACUGUGUGCUGAUCACAGAGCUUUAUCAUAGGAGGUGAAGUUUUAUCCUCUGGACAUCACUGUUGAACCAAAUCCUUCCAAAUACAGGUGAAAAACUAUUUGGUGUCAGAUGCCUUUAGUUGGAAGUGCCAAUAUGGAAUGCAUGUCCCAAAGAUUAUGGGGGGAGGGGUGGGGUGAGGGGUUCCUGAUGAGCUCCUCAGCAGCAACAGGCUGGCCAGGCCUAGAUCAGCUCUAGAAUCAUUCCUGCUUUAAAAUCUCAGGUCCGGCAGGCUGGGCUGGGCUGGGCUGGGCUGGGCUGGCUUGGCUGGCGGGUUCUCACCCAGGGUAUGUGCUCUGUCCUUCUGCAUUGUGCUGGCUUGGAUUCAGCAGUGUGCUUCUGUGGCAGCUGUGAUCACAUUGGCCACAGCUGCUCC